UUCCUCGUCUUCAUCUUCAACAUUAGCUUCACCCGUGGCUUGAUGUGGUGGAGGGCCGUCGACGACCUUGGUCAUGACAACCAGUUUGGUAGUAGUCAAGACUUCGUCAUCGCCACCGUCUCUUGCUGCUGCUUCUUCGACCUCAUCGUUUUCGUCGUUCUCGCUGACAUCGUUUGCUUGCGCUGCGGCAAUGUCUUCACGGUCUUCAUCAUUCAAGGAAUCUGCUGCCAUGAGAGGCUGUUCGGCGCUUUCUGUUUCUUCUUCUUCGUUUUCCUCAUCAUCAGCCAUAGGACGCAUGCCGUGAUGAUUUCGGGACAUAGGCUUUCCACCCUCAGGACGGAAGGCAAUAUCGCCCUCGCUAUUACUAUGAGGCUGCUGCUGUUGUUGUUGUUGUUGUUGUUGUUGUUGCUGGCUCUCCUCAGCCGCACGGGCCAUCAUGACCGUAAGUGCUAACAGUACAAUAUAG